AUAGACAAUUAAACUACCGCUGAUCGCUUAAUAGCAUAUCAAUUGCAACCGCCCCAGUUCAAUGCUUAAGAAUAAUAAAUACUUAACGUGACCGAUAAAGCGAGUUGUGCAAUGUUAAACGAUGACUAAUGGGAAACCACAUUGAUUACGAGCCGAUAUGUGCUAUGUUGGCGUUGAUUUAAUAGCUGAAUGAAGCAACCAAUGCUUGUCGAACCUUUUCAGUUGCACAUAUAUGUAGUGUUUUCACCACCACAUGGGAUAAAGGUGCAGUGAAUAUGGAAUAUUAAGAUAAAUACCCUGUUACGUAGUGAUCGCUAUGCCUGAAUAGAUUUUUUUAAACCCGCAAUCGCUGGUAUGUUAGCAUAACGUUUCAAAACAUCAGUAUCGUUCAUAUAUUUGAGUGCAUGUGUGUACUGGAUACGCUUCUUGCGGCUGUGAUAGAAUGUAACCUCGCAGCAUCUGUUAUGUUUACACAACUUGCAACAGUAUCGAAACUUGCUUAAUAGAGUUGUUGUGGAAAGCCUUACAUGAGCUGUAUGUUAAACGUUCGACAUGGGAUGUGUGGAAAGUCAGGAGAAGAAACAACACAGGUUUAAACCCGUAAGUCGCCCCACAAAGACUGGUUACGUGCUGUACAGUGAUGGAACCAGCAAAUGGAAGAAGGUGUUCGUGGUUCUGUUCCAGGACUCCAUGGUGGCCUGGUUCGAGUCGCCGAAGAAGAAGACGCCGCUAUGUUACGUAGUAUUGAGGAACGUCUGCAGCAUGCUUGUAGUGGGUCCCGUCUGCAAGCGGAUCCCGAACUGUCCCGGAAAGAUCCCUAAAAAAUUGAGCUACAGUUACAUGAUAGCGUUCCCGCAGUGGAUCCAGCCGGGAGCGGCGCCGGGAACCAUAUCAAGUCCUGUCUGCUUCUUCCUGUGUCCAAACGGAAACACAAUGGGAUCUUGGAUGACUUCAAUAUCUGAAGUGUUGAGUUUUGACCCCAACGCGCCGUACAAGCCGCAGUAUCCUACCGAGCCCCCGCCGCCCUACGACCACAAGCCGCCGGCUACACAGGCCGUCGGCAUCAUAGCGAACGGUCAGCAAAGUUGGCGUAGACGCUCCAGUGGUGAUGACUUUAGCAAAGGUUUUUUGGUCGGUUCGGCUCUAGGAUACGGUUACGGUCAUCAGUGGGGCUGGGGUUGGGGCUGGGGCUGGGGUUACGACCCAUGUUUUGGGUGGGGGUACGCAGACUACGACUUUAACGUCGACGUUGACGUUCAAAUUGACAAUGAUAAUGACAACAAUUACGAUAAUGAUGGCGGGGAUAAUGACAAUGAUGCCGGCGACAACUUCGACAAUGCCUCCGUUGCUGAUUUCGGAGGGAAUGAUUUCCAAGAUUAUGAUCCCGUUUCUGCAGGCGACGUCAACUUCGACGUUAUUGGUGGGGGUUACGGUGGUGGUGAUUACGGCGGCGAUUCGGGUGGAGGCUACGGCGGUGGUGAUUACGGUGGUGAUUCCGGUGGUGGUGCCGGCUGUGGUGGGGGAGGAGGUGACAGUGGUGGUGGAGGCGGGGAUAGCGGUGGCGGUGGAGGUUGUGGAGGAGGUGGUGGUUGUGGGGGAGGUGGUGGUUGUGGUGGUGGGGGAGGUGGUUAAAUUUACUUAUUAAUCAUUUAAUUUAUCUUAAAGAUGUUGAUGUUUUGUGUAUGAUUAUCAUAAUUUACUCGGUUUCUUUAUAUUGUGGUGACAAACAAGUCAAGCACAGUAAAUCUCUGGUAGUAAAAGGCACCAAAUAAUCAUGUAUGUCGCAAUUUAAAGAUUAGUACGUAAAUGUAAUAUGUCUGUCAGAAAGUGUGGACAACUAGCCAAAUCACUGAAUGUAAAUUGACAUGGUUUAAGGGAAAUAUCAAUAGCUUCAAUACAUUUCGCAAACAAAAUGUGUUCCUUUGACAUUUGUUUUGUGGGGUACCGAUGCAUGCACUGUUUUUUUUAAGUCCUUAUCGCGAUAUUUCAACAAAAGACGACGUAAGCGUUUCGCAUGUUUAAUGACAUUAUGCAAUUUAGAUAUGGUAACCAUAAGAAACGAUAAAGAAACAACAUAAAAUAAAAAUUAUAUUUGAAUGGACCACCAUCACCGCGUGUAAUGGUGGUAGAAAUAUGAUAGAGCUUUGAUUGAAACCAGUUCAUAUUUAAAACACUACAUAAAUGGAUUCCACUACUUUUUAAGUCGGUCCCACGAGUCGACUAUGGCAUGCACACGCGUUACGAUGUCGUGAGAAAGAGUUACUAGAUUCUUUUAUAAAACUAGUGUUUCUGCAUAUGUAUUCUAAAUGUCACAAGAAGCCGUUGUGUUUACCAAUGUGACAGGGCAGUCGUGGCGAGCGAUUUCGACGGGCAAGAAUAUUUCAUACAUAAGUCCCCAUGUUUUCUGUAUUACAGUACAAGUCUAAUGUUAAAGAUAUGUGUUGUAUUUGUAUUAUCUCGAAUACCUAUGAUUUGCGGAGACAUGAUAUACACCUCAAGUAUUUACCCAGUAUGUAUUUAACCCUUUCAGCGCUGGAACCGAAUUUUAAAGGCCUUUGCAAACGGUUUGGAUCCAGAUGAGACGCCACAUAACGUGGCGUCUCAUCAGGAUUCAAACUGUUUGCUAUUCUGAUAGUAUUCUUUGAAAAAAAAUCGAAGAAAGUGCUAAUUUUAGAAAUUCAGAAGACGACAUUUUAGCAGACAACAAAUUUCCCAGCAUGAAAAGGGUUAAGAUUGCUUGAACGCUGCACGACUGAGUAUCGAACUCACAAGAGCCAUACCACAAGGCUGACACCUUGAGGUGAUCCGCGGUCUGGCGGUAAUACACUGGUGCCAGAACUAAGGGGUCGCAGUUUCGAUACAGGCCGCGGUCCGGUGGUAACACACUGGUGCUAGCUAGACCUAAGGGGUCGCAGCUUCGAUGCCCGGUUCAAGUCCAAUAUUGAACUACUUAUAUACUACUUGACACUGAAAAUCGAGGUGCAGUGUACUAGGUAUCUGAAACAGGACGUCUCCUAUAUCUCGCAUUAUUCUCCGCAAAACUAACUAACAAUUAUUCUGGGACCGAGUGCAAUAUGGGAAUAAUUCGAUACACUAAAUAAAUACACGCCUACACCUAUGUUACAACUGAAACGAAACAGUCGUGAUGUUUAGUUUUAUAAGUCAAUGAUGUCAGUUUGAAGGAAUCUAACCGCACAAUUAAAGGAAUCCGGCUGCAAGAUGAGCAGCGCGGUCUACACAUCUGGAGGUGGACGUACGUUAAGCCACGGAUACGGGAAGCGGACAACGACAACGAGCGAGGCCUGGUAUAGGGGAGAUAACCAUGGGUAAUGGUUAGGUUAGGGUAAGGGGUCGGGUUAAAGUUAGGGUUAAGGCUAACCCAAACCCGACCCCUAACCCUAACCCUUUACACCGCUGGUUAUUACGAUCUCAGUAUUGAAAGUUAUUCUCAUGCGGCAAUGAAUCCUAUGGGCGCGUGCGGGGCGACGUUGGCGGGUGUAGCGGUGGUGUCAGCAAUUAGCCAAAUUAAACACAUUUAAUUGUGUCAAAGAUGUAAUGUACAAACCGAUAAUGUGAAACUUAGUCCACACUUAUUACAAUAUAAAAUCUACAGUAAAGAUUUAUUCGCUGUGUCUGGUCAGUACUUAUUCUGUAGGAGAGGACAUGGUAGCUCUUAAAAGGACUGCGCAAAUAGAAUCUGAUGUAGAAUUGAUAUUGCGUGGAAUAUGCGCAGAUUGUUCUGGAUCUAAGAUAUGAUAUAUUGUACAUUCGAAACGCAAUAUAAGGAUCGAAAUAAAGCGAAAUUACGUGAUAAAAAAAGUUCGCCAAUUCCGUUCGAUUUUCCAAUAUAUUUAACUAAAAAAUAUCGUAUUUAACGAAAACAUGAUAUAGCGAAAUAAGCGUUUAAACAAAUGGUAACUUAUUUUGAUUGCCGGGUACAAGUAAAAAAAACAUGUCUCGGUAAAAGAUGUGCAUCAUUGACUGUACACACCCGUUAUAGAAGAUAUUCACAUUGACCAAGCAAGCAAGCAUUUGUUUCACAAUAUGAUGCCAACAACAAUUAUCUUACACUUAUACCAUGGUACUAUACUUCAAUAAUGUUUCAGUAUAACCGGAGCAGAAUCGCGUAAUGCCUAUAUAUGAGUACAAAUAAACGUGUUUUUUUACAUAAUAAAUAAUGGAAUAAACAUGCAAAUUCGUUGAAUUGAUAUCCCCGCCAAUAUGCUUCUGGACACAAAAGUGUUAUAUUUGACACUCGGCUAAAAAAGCAUUAAUUUUAAGAUACAAAGGGCCAUAACCCCAUUAUUAACAGAUGGUGUACAAUGCCAUUUGGCGUGCAUCAUCCUCUUAUCCAUAUAUAUACUCAUACCAAGUUUCAAUGAAAUCCGCCAAAGCACUUCCAAGAUAUGGCUCCGGACACAAAAGUGCCGGACGGACGGACGUAUGGAAAGACGGACGGACGGAAGGACGAACUGACAACGCCAAAAUAAUAUCCCUCCGCCUAUGGCGGGUGAUAACAAAGUAUUAAUGUAGAUAUUUUAAUUUUAUUUGUUACACGCUAUUAUUCGAACAAAAAAUGCACAGAUAUGUGUUCAUAUAACGCGUUGCAGUGCACAAAGCUUCAGAAACUGAGGGAUGUGAUACUACAAAAAAUGCAAUGUCGAACAAGUCGCUCACAUUUUCAUUUUAUCGCGUUUCCAAACUAUAUUGCAAUGAAUUCCGUGGACAUCAAACUUAAUUACUAUUUUUCAAGGACAAAUCAAAAUGUAUACUAUGCGUCAAUAUUCUGAAGUAAAACCAAUACUUGGAAAUGUGUCGUUUUAUAUAAAGAAUUAGACUUACUGAUUUCUAGCCUGUAUGGUAAAUGGAGUGCCGGUCAACUGGCAAUCUCCACGCAGAGUUGUCGUUCCCUGCUCUCACAUACAGGUUACAUAACCCUAAACGGAAGUGGAAUUUGGGGGGCUACAUGCAGUCAGCUUGCUACUAAGCACAUAUGAUGCAGGUCCUGGUGCAUAAGAUUUUAAAAAUGUAUUUGAAAUGAUGAGUUUAGGUAUCAGUUUAAAAGUACAUGUGUAAGUCACAGGGCAAAAGGCCUGAUUUGUGCAUUUCUUUUUAUGUAAGUGGUUGCCAGCCUCAAUAGUAGGGCAUGGUUUUUGCCUUCAAAUGGCAGUGCCGGUAGCUGUCAAAACCGGUUCAUAUGUUCUAAAGUAAUUAUUUUGAGUUACGUCGUAUAUAAUUUUUUCAAAUGUAGUUUUUUUGUAAGCUUAUGAAACCACCUUUCCAGUUAUGUAUAGUGAUAUAUUGGCUUAUCGCUCGGUCAUGGUGAAAUUUAAGAUCAAAGAUUGCGAAUUCUAAAUAUAACAAAGAAGGAAAUUAAUUGGGCAUAUGUAACCUACAAUGUAACCGUCGUGCAAGAGAUUGGGCAAUCUCUUGCACGACGGUUACAUUACAUUAACCUCUGUGUUGGCAUUCCGGAUUUUCGAAACUAAGUAGCAUUAGAGUAGUCUCCCAUUCGGGUAGGUAUCGCUCACUUCCAGACUGUUAGAAGUACAUGGCGCAAAAGGUAAACAAUGGUUAUAUUAUAUUGUUGUAUGCCUGAAUGUCAAAAUUGUUGGGGAAAACUUGGCAGAUAAGGCAAGCCUGUAACGCUGCACAAAUUGCUAAGUAAUCAUGCUACGAAAACCGCAUGGAUUAGAGCUAUAAGCAGGCGAGAUUGGAGGCCAACCGGGUAGGUAUCAUUAUUAGUGUACCGACAUCUUAUAUGUCGAUGUACAUAAAUAUCGUAUUUGUAGGAGUAGUACACCAUGUACAUGGCAAGCAAAAUUAUUACAAACAUUUUGAAUAGUAUUAAUCGGGUUAUAAACUUAUUAAAUUUGGUUUAAUAUGGCUUAAUUUGUUGACAUUUUACACCAUGAUUUGCUUAUCUUAAAUUUGAAUGAUUAAUUUGAGCAGAUUGACAUUGAAUAUUUAUGUUACCGGACCACACCAAUGUAAAUAUCAACAAUCAGCUCCUCUAUUCCGUGAAUGCCUGAAAUUGUAAUCUAAUGAACUUAAAUGGCAUUUAUAAUAAAACCGUUUUCUUAUUAAUACAACAGUCAACAUAGGGCUAUUUGUUCUAUAUUGAUUGAUGGUACAAUUUCAGUGGAUUAAACAUCAACACCCUGUUCCACUGUGUAUAUUAAAUUAUUUGCCAUGUUUCCCACAAACUAGCAUUUUACAUUUAUCUCUGUUACAAGUUUAAGGUGCUCUGACUGUUUAUUAAUUUUUUUCAGUAUUAAGUUAAACCCUUUUGUGUAUAUUGAUGUUGCAGAUACAUCAGGGUAUGCUCUGAUCAUUUGUGGAUGGAAUUUGUCCAAACUCCGUGAACAGGAACAAGGUGCCAACAAAAUACCUUGCGCAGAAGAUCCUUUCUACCAAGAAAGUAUAGACAUGUAAAUCUCUAAUAAAGUGCUGAUCAGUCCUGAUGAUUCUUCAAGUCCACAGAGUUAGAGUCAUUCCUGCGAUCAGAUUCAAUCAGUUCAUGGCUAUGCCAAGUCACAUGCUGAUGACACAAGUGUCGGUGAUGAAAGCUCUGGAAGUGUCGGUGUUCAGGCAUCUCCUGACAAGCAUGAAAUCUCCACAUAUACCGAAAGACCAGAAAUAACCAUCAAAGACAUUAAUGCCUCAGACAAUAAAAUCAUGUUUUAUUCUGGCUAGGCAACUUUCUUUUUUUUAAUUCUUUGUUUUUGACAUUCAUUGAAUUUGGUGCCGACAAGUAAUGUACUGAAAAACUGAACACUGUUAAGAUUGAGACAGGGUGUAAAAGAAAGUUAAGACCUGUUGAUGAGUUGCAAUGACAUAGUAAACAAAUUAUUUGAUGCAACAUAAUAACUGUAUUGAUAAAUAAAACACUUUUUAAAAUUUUGAA